AGUCAACUUACGACUUGACGAGAAGCAAGUCGGUUUUUAUAUGUGAUAUUUAUCUGCCAUAUAUUUAGUUUAUUAUAUGUUUGUGUUUGUGUAUUUUACAACGGUCAUAGACUUUUCGAUGUUUUUGUUUCAUUUGAAAUCUAGACCUCUAUGAUAACCUUAGGUAAGGUGUAAAAGAGACACAAAAUGUUGCUUUAUACAGUAUUAGUGUUGUUUUGUGUGUCUGUGUCUGCUCAGAUCCGGGAUUACUAUUAUAGACUUGACAGUGUAUGCUCAGUGGCCAAUGAAAUUGAUAACUCGACGGUGGUCGGAACCUGCAAGGAGCUUCAGUACUGCACCAUGGCCGUGAAGCUCAUCACAGUCAAUAGGAUACCUCCUCAUCUUUGCUACCGAGACAACAAGCUCGCGGUGUCGUGCUGUCCAACCAAGGAUAGUUUGUUCAAAACUGGAGCUUUCCGACAAAUCUUCAAAUCGACCACAGACAACUUCAUUCGUAAUAAGAACAUUACAUGCUACUAUGACGGCAAUCAGCCAAUGGUGUGCUGUGGCAAUACGAAGCCAAUCGAAUACCGUGAACCCAAAGGAUGCCCUCGAUUGCCGAAGGGGAGAGUUGUCACAGGCAGCAGGAAAUACGACAGAGUGAUGUCAAAGUGCUGGAACUACCAAAAACAUUUCAACAAAUGUGUGACCAAUGCCGAUGGCAGUGGGUUUACGAGGGAGAACACCUGUGGCAGGCCGAAUACAGAAGUUAGGACUAUUGGUGGUGAGCCGGCGGAACCGCGGGAAUUUCCACAUAUGGCUGUACUCGGCACUAGCAACUCAGAUGAAACCAUUGAAAAAGAUAUUGAUUGGAUUGCCGGCGGUGCACUCCUAAGCGACAAGUUUAUUUUAACUGCGGGACACGCCCUUAAGAACAAUGACAACAUGAUUCGUUACGCGCUCUUGGGCACUCUGAACAAGACGGACAUACGUAGUGGAAUGCUGUACACAAUUAUAAGACUCAUCCCUCACAACGAUUACGAUUCACGGAUGCAGAUCAAUGACAUCGCCUUGAUAGAGCUGGACAGGAGAGUCCAAUUCUCCGAGUUCAUUCGUCCAAUAUGCUUGCCUCUUCCUGGUAUGGACUUGUCUAGCUCCCCACUCACAGUCGCCGGCUGGGGCGUCACCGAAGAGAAAAAGAGGGCAGAGAUCCUGUUAAAGGUAGAUGUGUCGCAAAAGAGUGCGUCUGCCUGUCAACAAUACGAUACAAACUUCAGGAAAUUCAAUAGCUCGACAAUGAUUUGUGCAAAGGGAGCGCAACUAAAAAAUCGCAACGAAUACAAAGACACGUGUCAGGGUGACAGCGGAAGUCCAGUAACGAUGAGAUCCCGCGACGUAAGUUGCAGUUACAUCGCGAUUGCCGUUGUGUCCCAUGGCCCAGAAUGCGGUUCUGGUGCGCCCGCAGUGUAUACAAAAGUGGAACCAUUCCUCGAUUGGAUCAUUGAUACUGUAUGGCCGGAGCUUGCAAAUUACACUUAAUAAAUAUUUGGAGUUAAAGUGUUUUAAA